UUGAUGAACUUGGCAUGUCAGUCCACUUUAUGGAACUCACUGGGAUUGACCUCAAAGAGACAUUCACACACGAAAUUUGGAAAUUUGAAAGGAAAAAGGCUUCUCGACUACUUGACCACAGUUUGUGUCAAUAAGAGCAAGAAAUUCCUUCAGAAUUAUGCAAGGUUUCAGAGGAUGCGGGGACCCCAGAGUGGCUGUUCAGAUGACGUGAUAGAGAUGACCCUGCUUCUGCUCAGCUACUUUGAUGAGGAGGAGGAGUCCAUGUUCUUCCAUGUAGAAGAUACAUGUCUGGCAGAAGAGGUCCAACUGGAGCAAGUGCCUCUGACACCCGUUGUUAUUGUCUGUGGACAGUCCUGCUAUUCCUCCACAAGGUACAUGCUGAGUCUGGAUCGAACCUUAUUAACACAAACAUCUCCUCCUUCAUUUCUGCACUGUGCCUCAUACCUGGGACUCCGGGACCUGGAGUCCGGCUCAGAGGUCCUGGUCUUAAUCCGGACCUUAACUGGGCCGGGACUCAAGACCGAGAGUCAGACCCAGACUAAGAUCUGGACUCGAGCCCGGUGUUUUUUCUCAAACCCAGAAAAAGGAACCAAAGUAGAGAAUAAAAACUCCAAGCGUCGUCUCAAUGUGAACCCUCGAGUCCUCACUCUGAUACAGGAACUCUCUGAUCACGAGUGGCGUUAA